AUGGAUGAAUCUCCGCGAGCUGAAUCCGUAGACGAUAUAUAUUUCGGUUUGGAGAAGAACAGUGUCCCGAGCCAAGACACCUCGUCGCUUGAGAACAAUUCUUCGUCUCACCAGAACAGCCAGGAUUCUGAGAACGAGGACGACGACGCUCUGGUCAUCGAUGCCCAGGACGACGCCACCGAGGUUCCCUUCGUUGAGCCGAGAACCGAGGGAAAUCCGGUGAAAAGCUCCCAGGACGAUGCUUUCGAUGCGUUCGAGACCGGCGAGUGGCGCCUUCCGGCCUCGGCAUCCACGGGAGCUCUCAGCGAAUCUUUGGAUCGCAUCAGGGAUCUCGCCACUGCCGUAGUGAAAGAAAACCAAGAAGCUAAAGGAGCUCGGUCCGAGCUCGAGGUCAGAGAUGCCGAGGAUAAGAGUCAGAACUCAUUAGACGAACAGACCGAUAACGAGAAGUCGGACGACAAAACGCUCGACCAGGAGGAUCAGUCGGAGGACUCGUCGCUCGCGGUGGUCGUCGAAGGGGACAGCGAAGGCGACGACGAUCUGAACCAGCAGCUUCUCGAAGAGCAGCUCGUAAAGGAGAAGUCACCUCCGAAAGAACCGGAAAAACCUUUCAGACGAGAAGAGGAAGCCCUCAACGCUCUGAACAACGUCCUCGAUACGUUGUGCAAGAGCAAAUUGAAGCCCAAGGAUGAAGAGCGUUGCGACACCGAGCUCAAUCCUCAUCAAGCCGGAAAAACCGAGGACGAUACUAAUCGGAAAUCUGGCAGAGAUCUCUACGACAACCUCGAAGACUUCUCCAGCGGGGAAAGCUCAUUGCCGGACGAGGGUGAAUCCGAUAGCGAUGCUGUCGAGGGAUACCUCGAAGCCGCCUCGGAGGUUAGUUCCAGCGAAGGUGAGAUGCUCAAACGGUUGGAAGCAGCCGAAGCCGCCGAAAACGAUGAGGGUACCCCGAAAGGGACGCAGGAAGCGGACGAGCAGCGAACCGAAGAGCCCAGCAAAAGCAAGGAUGCCGCCCCCCCACUCAAGCUCGCUUCUGGAGUCGUCAAAACCAAUGGCGCGACUUCUUUCAAACUCAAACGAAAAACCGGUCUGGAAGAAGGGGAACUCUCCGAGAGCAACUCGAACGGCUCCCAUGUUUCCCUAAGGAUUCGCGAUCUGAAACGCCGGAAACGACGAACGAGGAGUCAGCGGAAUCCGUUGGCGCCUCUUCGGUCGAGGUCUCCGAGUCCUCUGUCGGUGAGGUUCAGUGGAGAUUCGUCGAGUGACGACAGUCCGGUCAAGGCACCACUGGUGCUGGAUCGGACAGCCGUUCGCAAGGUCGUUCUCAGCCCAUCGCCGUUGAGGGACGAAGCUAACAACGCGGCCGGGAACGCAUCGACUUGGAAGAAACUCAAUUCGAGCACCAAAAACAGGAACUACAGACAGAGCGGCAACGAAAUCACGGCCACGAACCACCUGCAGACAACGCUGACCGUCGUGGCGACGGCCAAUAAAAAGACGCGGCGACCUGACAGGGAAGUUUACCAAGUGCGGAAGCGGAGGAGCCGGAGCCGUUCGCCGGUGUUGAAGACGAAGCGCCGAUCCGGCUCGAAGACGAAGCGGCGGAAGCGAUCCCUUAGCCCCACGUCACGGAGUCCGAAGCGACGGGCGCGAUCGAGGUCUCCCCGUUCCCCGCUGGAGAAACGGAAGAAGUCCAAGCAACGAAAGCAGAAAACCACGGAAAAGAGAUCGAAAAAGAAGAAGAAGUCGAAGAGCCACAAAAAGACGAAAGCCAUCGACAGAAGUCGGAGCAGGUCGGCGUCGCCGGGUCCGCGGGAUUCGAAGAAGCUGCCCGAAAAGAAACGGAAAUCCAAUAGCCGGAGCUGGUCGAGGUCGAGAUCGAGAAGUAUCCACAUCUCCGAUGGAGAGUCGGCUGUUGACUCUCCGAAAGACGCUCUCAGACAAGCCCCGCCUCUGGCACCUCCGAAACGCCGAAAGAAGAAGAACCAGCACAAGAAGACGUCGAAAGAUCAAGGAGAACGUGUCGUCAUCGAUCUCAGUCAGGAUACGAGUCCUGAACGUGAGAUCUCACUCGAAGUCAAGUCGGAUCCAAAGCAGAACAACAACAAAGAAGGUAGCAAGUCGAUCUCCGAGAAGGGCGACAACCUGGUGAUCAGCGUGAACUACAAGAAGAAAGCUCUGCAAAACAUUUUCGGCGACGAGUCGUCCGAGGAGGAGAUCGAUCCUCUGCUGCCGCUGCAGAAGAAGGACAUUCGUAACGAUAAACCUCCGCUGGAUAAAGCCGAGAAAUCGAGCCCGGUCAAGAAGAGUCCCGCCCCCAAGGGUCCUCAGACACCGCCUGACAACAGAAAUCAGGACGAAUACGACCCAUGCGAGCCUCUAGGAGAUUCUCCAUCAAGCACGCCUACGAAUGACGAGCCUGAUCAGGUCAGAAUAUCGAACUCACCUGAGAAAGAUUCUCCAGUCGCCGUGACCUCGUCCCAGGGUAAACCAACGGUUGCUGUGCUCCCUAUCGUUGACAACAAAUCGCCAAAAAAUCGAGACAAACGGAAAGUGUCUCCGAAAGCUCCCCCGGUUCCUCCCCUGCCGCCGCCACCGAGCAAGGAGAAGCCGCCGUCCCCUCCCCCAAAAUUAGAACCACCCCCCGUGCCAUCGUUCUUGUUCAAUCAAGCUCAAACUGUACAGCCACAGUACAUUGUGAUGAAUCCGUUUUUGGUGAACCCGUACAUGAUGCCGAUGCAGGCUGCGACUGCCCAAAUGGUGACCUCGUCGGCUCCGAUGUCACAAGUGUCUCUAUCGUCGUCGGUAACCACCUCCGCGUCGACGACGAUGACAACGGCGGUCUCUUCUCGGGAAUAUCAUCAGGCGACCGGCCAUGUCGAGGGCAGCCCGUAUUCUCCUGGCGAUAGUCCGCUAUUCAACGAACCAAUCACGCCACCUACGCCGCUUAGCGCUGAGGAUAACGGAGAAGGAUCCUCAAAGCCAGGGGGCGUAUUUGACCAGAUCGCGGCUGGAGUCGUCAGAUCGACGAAGAGGAGACAGAAGAAGAAACAGAAGGUCGUUGUGAAAACCGCCGGGCAGCUCGUCGCGGAGGCGAAGGACGGCGAUGAGAGCAAUAAGGAGCGCUACGUAAAGAUGGACGAAGCUCAAAUGAAGAUUCUCGAUGAGUUGCCAUCGUCGGCCGUAGAAAUGCAGGUCAAGGAAAAGUAUCUCCAGAAGCUCCACAGACAGGAACGAGUGGUCGAAGAGGUGAAACUGGCGUUGAAACCGUUCUACAAUAAGAAGCAAGUCAGCAAGGAAGACUACAAGCUGAUAAUGAAGAAAUGUGUACCCAAGAUUUGUCAUAACAAAAAUGGUGAAAUCAACCCAGCCAAAAUCAAAGCUCUCGUCGAAGGAUACGUCAAACGAUAUCGACAUUUGGGAAAGAAACACAAGGCCCAGACGACGAUGAGCGCGGCAUCUGCCAGUUGA